CCAAACAGAGCAUGACGCUUUCCGGUCGGACCAGAGAUUACAGGGACUUCCGUUUGUGCUUUUACUCGCUGGAUAGCGAUAGCUUUCCCAGAGUUUACAUCGGAAUAAUAAAACUUGUAAUAAUCUAAAUCACCGACCAUAUCCAAAGUUCAUGGCCAGUCUUGCUCCUCCCGUCCCACCUGCUCUCACCUCAUUCCUGUCCACCUUGCUUCCCUGCGGCUUUGCUGUUGGGCCUUCGCGGCUCUGUGAGGGCAGACUGGGCCUGUGGUGGGUCGGCCGCUCGCUGGAGGCUGGAUCCCUGCUAGGGAGGGAGGGGGACACAGAGUGGGCCUGGAGGUUUCACACUGACCUGAUGACUCGCAGUCCAGAUGGUGAACUCACAAUGAACUCCCAAACAGGCCUGUCCAACAACACAGAGACAGAAAAGGCAGUGAUGGAGACUGCAGCAAAUGAGCAGAGUUUACUGCAAAGCACCGUCUGGAUCAAAUUUGCCUGCCAGGUGCGCAACAGAGCCCAGCAGAACGUGGCGGCGCAGUGUGCCUGUGGAGAGGUGUGUGUGGCCAAGUGUGUGGACGUGUGUCUGCGUGUGUGUCGGGACAUCCAGGCGGGAACAGAGCUGCUGCUGUACGGAGACGCUGUGGGAAAAUGUCAGACGACAGACAAACCCGACACGUGGGACGAGACCGUUGGACAGACAGAUGACAAGGUGGAGCACAAAACAACCCCAGAGACUGUAGAUGCCAACAAAUCCAUCACUGAGGAAAGACAGAAGGAGAUGGAGGACAAACAGGAGAGAAGACAGGAGGAAGACAAGAGGACGACACACCUGAGGAGGACGAGAGCCGAGAGGAUCCUGGACAAUCGCACGGACGGGACGGCUAACACAUCCCAUAAUAACGUCACAGCAGCAGGUGGACUCACAGAGGGGACAUGUGAUGUCCCAGCUGCUGUGGACGGACAGAUGGACUCAGCACCUCCUCCUGUCCGCUGCAGCUCCCGUCUGGCUGCCAAACCACGACGCCUUCACUGUCUGACCGGCCGGGCGAAGCAAACCCCCACCCGCCCCAACCCGCCCAGACAGAUGGAGGGACGGAGCCUGAGCUCCACUGAGGGGUCCGUCGCAGGACAGCUGGUUUCCAUGACAGUCUCCCAACCCGACACUGAGGCUGCUGCUGCGGCGGCUCUCACGUGUCACCCGGAGGUCAGAGAGAGGCGCUACAGAUGUUCCAGCUGUGGUAAAAGAUUCUUCCAGAUCGGACACCUGAAGAAACACCAGUUCAGCCACACAGAGGAGAAACCCUUCAGCUGUCAGGACUGUGGGAGGAGCUACACCUCAGCAGAGAGCUUCAGAGCACAUCAGAUGAGUCACCGCGGCGAGCGUCCGUUCUCUUGUCCUCACUGCGAGAAAACCUACGGCCUUAAGCGGGACCUGAAGGAGCACAUGGUGCUGCACACCGGAGAGAAACCCUACGUCUGCGAGCACUGUGGCAAGGCAUUCGCACGCCGCCCCUCCCUACGCAUCCACCGCCUCCUUCACUGCAGCAGAAUGAUGUACACACAGCCUCCAAAGGUUCAGUGUACACUCUGCCCCAAGCUGCUGGCCAACUCCGGCUCGCUCAGGAACCACAUGAAGCUCCACACGGGGGAGAAACCUCACAUCUGUCAGCACUGCGGCAAGUGCUUCAGUCAGAAAGGGAACCUCGAGUGCCACCUGAGGAUUCACAGCGGGGAGAAGCCGUAUUCCUGCGGCGAGUGCGAUCAGAGUUUCUCCCAGAAACCAGAACUCCGCCGACACAUGUUCUCCCACACCGGGGGAGGUUUCCUCUGCAGCUUCUGUGGGAAGUCGCUGAGGGACCCACACAGCCUGAAGUCCCACGAGAGGCUGCACACUGGAGACAGACCCCAUCGCUGUCCCGUCUGUGGCAAAGGCUACACCUUGGCCACGAAGCUGAGGAGGCACAUAAAGUCCUCUCACCUGAUGGAGAAACCUUACAGCUGCCACUGCGGCGCCUCCUACACAGUGAGGCAAAGUCUGCUGAGGCACCAAGCUCAGCACAGGCCUGAGGGAGGAGCGCAGGAGGAGGCCAAGGCGGCAGAGUCGCAGACGAACGGCAGCGAGAAAGAGGCUGCGCGACAGUUAGCGACUUUAGCCUCCGGUCACCGGAAGCCGACCAGGGGCAGACCCAAGAAGAUCUCGCUCCCUCAAGGGGAGGCAGAGAAGCAGGCGGGUCAAGAGCGGCGCAAAAGGGGACGAGGAAAAGGGAGGGAAAAGGUCGGGACCUCGAAAACAGAGAAGGGAGGGGAUGUGGAGCCUUUGGGUGACAUCCAACACGCCGUCGUCUACGUCCACACGGACAACCUGUCCACGCCGAGCUCCGCCCCUCUGCUGCUCGCCUCGGAGAGCUCGCUGCCUGCAGGGGCGGGGCAGGAGCUGGUGGAGGUGGUGAUAUCAGAGGGCGCAGAGCAGUGCAUUGUGGUCCACGGGCAGGAGACGGUCGGAGAACUGCUGAUCUUACAGGAGGAGGAGAGCGGACUCUGCUCUGUGGCUCAGACAGUCGAGAUAAACACAGUGUAGCCUCAGUCGGCCCCUGGUGGCCCCUGAGAGCUUUAGAUCCGAUCACAUCGCGCCUUUCCAGAGGACAUCAUCAGUGCAUUAUGUUCUGCACAGAUCGUUAACUUUACGAUGUGUUUCUGUUGAAGCCACCUUCCCUCGACCUGACUCAGUUUUCCUUCAGUUUAUUGUUAUCUGCAUUCUCCAGAUCGCCUUUGAACGACCUCAGAACAGACAUGAACCCGUUAGACGUGAUGAGCAGCAGCGGUGAUGUGUCCCACACUGCAGGACGAACAAAAGUCCUGCACGUUACGCAGACGGCGUCAUGUUUUACUGAAUUCACGUCUGUGUGUGUGUGUGUGUGUGUGUGUGUGUGUGUGUGUGUGUUUGACACCCAAAGCUGACAGCUACUGUUGAUACUUCAGACAAAACGCUUAAGUUCAUUGAAGUUGCACUCAGAAUUUCCCAGUCUGUCACGAAGUCUGCCGGCUGUUCACUCAAGUUCAACUAUACAAAACGACACAUUACAUCCAGAAAUGAAA